GGUACCGAUAACACCGGAUUUUUUUUUCCUUUAAUUCGUACAGUUCCUAUAAUUUUCCGCCACCACAUUAUUACAUUACAAAAGCACUUUGCACCCAUUAUCUCCACCUUUUUGAGUAGAAAAAUUAGUUCAAGUAACUGUGAGCUGUGUUGGAGGAAAAAUGGCAGAGAUGAAGCCGGAAAAGUCGGAGAAAAAGAUCGAACUUAAGCGGGAACUUGGAUUAUUCAGCGCUAUUAAUUUCAUUCUAGCUGUUAUGAUAGGUUCUGGUAUCUUCGUAUCCCCGACGAGUGCUCUGGAGCGUUCAGGAUCGGUGGGAUUUUGCCUGAUAGUCUGGGCAUCCUGCGGUAUCCUGUCACUUCUAGGUGCUCUGGCAUUCGCAGAACUGAGUACAGUGGUUCCUAGAUCUGGUGCAGAAUACGCGUACUUCAUCGAGGCAUACGGUCCCCUGCACAAGUACUUCGGGAAUCUCCCUGCAUUCAUCUGCUCAUGGGUGUACGUCGUGAUCCUGAGGCCAGCGGAAGUGGCCGUGAUAAUCCUGACAUUCGCCGAGUACAGUAUCCAGCCAUUCCACGAGUUCCUGCCAAAAGGUAUCACCCCGGAGACGAUGGGAACGGUUAAGAAGCUGAUAGCCCUCCUGGCCCUGGGUCUCAUCACGUACAUCAACCUGACGAGUGUCAAACUCUUCGUUAAAGUCCAAAAUAUCUUUGUAAUUUGUAAAGUUGCUGCCUGCCUGAUUGUUAUCGGAGGUGGAAUAUACUGGCUGGCAAUGGGAAAUACGAAGCUCCUGAAUAACCCCUUCGCAGGCACCACCAGAUCUCCAGGAAACAUCGCAUUAGCCUUCUACAGCGGCCUCUGGGCCUACGACGGCUGGUCGUCAGCUGCAAUCGUCACAGAGGAGAUCAAGAGGCCAGAGGUGAAUAUCCUCAGGAGUAUUGCCAUCGCCGUUCCCAUCAUCACGAUCCUCUAUGUCUCUAUGAAUCUCGUGUACAUGUCUGCCCUGUCCAUCCCGGAGAUGAUAGCUGCACCUGCCGUGGCCCUCACCUGGGCCGAGAGGGUCUUACCCACGUGGCUGGGCAUCAGUAUUCCUCUGGGUGUCGCAAUCUCCACUUUUGGAUGCGCUUUGAGCCUCCAGUUUGGCGUAUCCAGGCUCUGCUACGUGGCAGGACGCGAGGGACAUGUCCCCAGGGUCUUCAGCUUUAUUCACGUCACGAAAAUGACUCCAGCUGCUGCUGUUGUAUUCCAGGGAUUUCUCGCGUGUGCAUGCGUUCUCGCUGGUGAUAUCACGACACUCAUCGAAUUCGCCACUUUUUUGAUCUGGAUAUUUUAUGGACUUGCCAUGGGUGCACUCCUCAUCAUGAGGAAGACCAAACCCCAUGCUGACAGGCCCUACAGGGUACCCACUGCUGUCGUCUGGCUCGUUCUCCUGCUUGCUAUAUUUCUCUCCGUCAUGCCUAUCAUUGCUGAGCCAUCCUGGAAGUAUCUCUUCGCUCUUGUCUUUAUUCUUCUCGGAGUUGCUGUUUAUCAUUCUUAUGUUUUCAAAAAGAGAACUAGUCGCAUUAUGCGGAAAUUCACGCACAUUACUCAGCUGAUGUGCCUCGUCGUAGCACCAGAAUCCGUGAACGAAGACUGAUUUCAAUUUUUAAUAUAGGAAAA